AGGCGUCACCUGACCGUCUUAGAGCUACACAGGAAGUAGGUUGACGAAUUCAACAUGGCUGUUGUCUGCAAAUAGAGAAGGACUGGUCUUCAGCAAUGAAAUAGUCCCGCUUUCUUAAAUCACAGGACAACUGACCCCGUUCUCCGUGUUAGCUGCUUGUUCGCCCUCCGACAUGGCGCAGUGUGUUCAGUCUGUUCAGGAGUUCGUCCAGGACUCGUUCGUCCCGAUGGUGGCCGUCCUGUGUAGUGAAGAAGCGGAGAGGGUGACUCGCAAGAACAACCUGAAUUUCGCCGAGCUACUGAGGCCUUUCUGCAGACUGACGUCCGAAGGUCACAUCCGGGACCCCAACAACCAGGUGCAGGUGGUGAAAAACAUGCGCAUCUCUGUCAACAACGUGGCGACGAGCCCCAACAUAGCGUCCGCCGCACUAAGCCCCGCCCAGCGUCGGCUGCUCAACGAAGUGGUGCUAUCCUCUCAGCCACAAGAGGGCACUGUGGCCAGCGUCAUCACUGCAGGAGACUACGACCUCAACUUCAGUGAUCACUCUCUUAAAGCUAGCCUCCCAUGGUACAGUGCCUGGAGAGACACACUGUUGGAAGUCAGCACCUCCAAGCACUGCACAGCGACCACGCCCUGGUUUGAAGCCUACAGGGAGAACUUUCUGCAAUCAAUGCCUGCCUCCGACCACGAGUUCCUCAACCACUACCUCGCCUGCCUCCUGGUGGUGUCCUCCACUGAGGCAGUCCCCGUGGAGCAGUUCCUCAAGCUUUCCCAGGAGCAGCACAGGAUUCAGCACAGUGGAGAAUACACCAACCCCAAGUGGUUCAUCCCCAACACUCUCAAGUACUACGUCUUACUGCAUGACAUGAGUGAGGGGGAUGAACAGAGGGCAGAUACAGUAUAUGAGGACAUGAAACAAAGGUAUGGUUCUCAGGGCUGCUAUUUGUUGAAGAUGAACUCUCACACCUUCUCCACUGAAGACGACGAACAGAUUCCAGACCCCUGGAGUCAAUACCUGCACAAGAAUAAUCUGCAUAGCCAGGAGGUGCUGGAGGAUCUAAGUGUGAACAGUGCUACAGCUGAGAACAGUGUCGGUGCACCUGAAGUGGACCAUAACUCCUCAGAGAAAGAGGGAGUGUCCAACAACCUUGGUAGCCAUCCUCUCCAUCUGGACCCUGCCAGCAGCUCCGGGAGCCUGCAGGCGCUCACUGCCCUGAAGAAAGGUGCAAGAGAUCCAGAGAGUGUGGCAGGAGGGGCAGGGAGCCACGGGGCAUGUCUGACCCUGAACGACCACGACCACAUCAGACAGUUCAUCCAGGAGUUCACCUCCAGAGGCCUGCUGCCGCACAUAGAGAAGAACAUCAGGCAGCUCAACGACCAGCUGAUCUCCAGGAAAGGUCUGAGUCGCUCUCUGUUCACUGCCACCAAGAAGUGGUUUGGUGGAGGGAAAGCUCCAGAGAAGAGCAUCAGUGAACCAAAGAGCACGUUUGGCCUCCUAUAUCCCCCAGAAGCCCCGGAGUUGCAGAUCAGGAAGAUGGCCGACCUGUGCUUCCUGGUUCAGCACUACGAGCUGGCCUACAGCUGUUACCACACUGCCAAGAAAGACUUCCUGUCCGACCAGGCCAUGCUGUAUGCUGCAGGGGCACUGGAAAUGGCUGCAGUCUCUGCCUUCCUGCAGGCUGGAGCUCCGCGCCCAUACCCAGCUCACUACAUGGACACUGCCAUACAGACGUACAGAGAUGUCUCCAAGAACAUGGUGCUGGCUGAGCGAUGUGCUUUGCUCAGCGCUGAGAUACUCAAGAGUCAGGGGAAAUAUUCUGAUGCCGCCACUCUGCUCAUCAAGAUGACCAGCGAGGACUGUGACCUGCGUAGUGCUCUGCUGUUGGAACAGGCCGCCCACUGCUUUAUUAAUAUGCGCAUCCCUAUGGUGCGCAAGUUUGCUUUCCAUAUGAUCCUGGCCGGUCAUCGUUUCAGCAAAGCAGGACAGAGGAGGCAUGCUCUGCGCUGUUACUGCCAGGCCAUGCAGGUGUACAAGGAGAGGGGCUGGUCUUUGGCAGAAGACCAUAUCAACUUCACAAUCGGCCGUCAGUCCUUCACACUUCGCCAACCGGAGAACGCUGUAGUGGCCUUCAAACAGAUCCUGACCAACGACAGCAGACAGACGGCCACACAGCAGGGCGCCUUCCUCAGAGAGUAUCUCUAUGUUUAUAAGAGUGUGAUUGGGGAAAGUGAAGUGAGCCUCCCCCAACUGCCUCUGCCCUGCAUCCACAGCUCAGCUACAAGGGUCUACUUCGGACACGAGCGCCGCCUUGCAGAAGGGGAAAAACAAGCAGCGACCCAUGUGUCCCUCGACCAGGAGUACGACCAGAGUUUGACGGACAUGUGGUGCCACCUCGAGGAGCAGCUUGUGGCUGCUGCCAACCGGGGAAUUGUCCCAGGGAACUUCCAGCCCACCCAGUGCUGCCUGAACAGUCAGACAGACAACCUGCGCCACCCGCUGGCUGUGGUGGAGGAGCCAAUCAUAGUGGAGCUGACAUUCAGAAACCCUCUGAAGAUUUCUAUGGCUCUGUCCGACCUCUCGCUUCUCUGGAGCUUCACUGCCAGUGAUUCCUCUCCAUCGACUGAAGAGUCACCAGCAGAGGUCGUCACCAACGAGGAGACCCUGGCUCGAGGGGUGGGCAGCCUAGAUAUGACACAGAAAGAUGAUAUUGUCACCACAGAGACCAUCCUUGAUUUUCAUAUGAGUCCUGAGGAGACCAAAAUGGCCCGCCUCAGGCUGCUGCCACACAGAACCGGACAGCUGAACAUCGUGGGUGUGGUGUACAACCUGGCUGAAGCCUCGCCUGGAGAGAUCGCUCCCAGCACUGACGGUCAGCAGACGACGGAUCUGAUGGUGGUUCGUGGAAAACAGGACCUGAAGAUCCAGGGCCAACGACUCAACCAGACCAAAGAGGACAAGAUGUCGGUUCAACAUGGUCCUGAUCGACGCCUGGAUCCCAUCAUAACACCACCCAUGCCCCUGAUGGAGGUCUUCUUCCUGCAGUUCCCCACUGCUCUGCUGUGUGGUGAGAUCAGGAAGGCCUAUGUCGAAUUCUGCAACGUCAGCAGUGUUGCUCUGUGCGGCCUGCGAGUGGCGUCCACACACCCUGAAUUCUUCACCUUUGGCAGCCAGGCCACUUCACCCCUCACACCGCUCAGCCCCACCUCGGCCGAGAACUGCUCAGCCUAUAAAACGCUUGCUGUGGGCCCCCAGCCGGGUUCAGUGGCAUCUGAGGUGUUGGUUUCAGCUGCGGAUUUCAGCCAGCACUCCAGUGUGAUGGACAUCCCGAUAGAGGGCAACACACUGCAACCGGGGGAGUCCACCCAGAUGCCUCUGUGGCUCAGAGGACCAGACCAGGAGGGGGUCCAUGAAAUUAGCUUCCUCUUCUACUACGAGAGCAAAGAGAAAGGAAACAAAAUCAGUCACCGGGUGUUGCGACACACGGUAUUCAUCUGUGCCAGUCGCUCUCUGAGUGUGCAGGCGUCGGCCUCCCGCAGCAGCGUCCCUCCACAUCACAGUGUGGAUGACACUGGCAGCGGUGGAACGCUUGUCUUCAUUGACGUGGAGAACAUCAACACGAGUGAGUCUGGUGUGCGCGAGUUCCACAUCAUCCAGGUGUCCAGCAGCAGCCAACACUGGCGUCUCCAAAAGUGUAUCAACCCAGCCAAAGAUAAAGACUGUAAACUCACCAGCAGAGAAAGAGCCAAGCUGUGUUUCAGGGCCACGCGCUGCAAACCCCAACAAGCUCCCCCGGAUGCCGUGGAGAAGUACACGUUUGCAGACCUGAACCUGGGAAAUGAACGGAUUGUCAGCUCUUCCACGCCCUGUGGAGAUUUCUUCUUCCGCUGCCACCGGACCCUGGCCCCCCAGAGAGGGGACGUGGCCUCGUUCAGGACAUCAAACAGCAGCAAGAGUCCGGGUGUCGUCUCGUCUGAGGACCAGGCCGCAAAUAUCACCAACAUUGUCAAAAAGUGUAACGAGCUGGACCUCAACAUUAUCGUCAUCUGGAAGGCAUAUGUGGUCGAGGACAACAAACAGCUGAUCCUCGAGGGCCAGCUCCACGUCGCACUGCAGGCCAUCGGCAAAGAGGUCACUUCUGUCACUCCCAAAGAGGAAGCUCAGGAGAUGGUGCUGCUCAAGUUUAAAUCUGAGCUGCCUCCUCCAGUCGCUCUUCCCUCUGCAGAGCUGUCCCAACUCAUCAAAACCAACCUGCACUACCCCGAGACUUACACACACCCCUUUGUCCAGGAUAGUCUCUGUCUGGUGCCAGUUACUCUGAAUCUGUCCAACUGCUCCUUGGCUCAAGUGGACGUGAUCAUUGACUUGCGGCACAAAAGCACAAGCCCAGAGUCUCUGGAGGUCCACGGCUCAUUCACCUGGGUUGGGCAGAGCCAGUACAAGCUGCAGCUGCAGCCUCAGGAGGUUUUGUGCCUGAGCCUGCGAGCCUGUUUCCUCCAGGCCGGCGUCUACAACCUCAACACGCCGAGAGUCUUCGCCAAGCCGGCCAAGCAGGCGGCGCUGGGCGAGACGAGUCAGCAGACGGCGAGUCCUGCUCUGAUCAUCAUCAACAACGCCUGAGAGGAGCAUCAUGGGAGUCUGGACUCCUUUUAACUCACCUUACCGGUCCUCAUGAAGAAGACUGGAGAUGUUCAUUUACAUCCAACAGCUGCAGUGUACAGUAUGGAGACCUUUUGUGUACGUGGCUCCACCACCCUCUCACAGGUUUUCCCUCCUACAUCAUACUUGAACUGUCUCCUCCCGUCACCAGCAUCUUAAACCAAAUGAGAAGAGGUUCUGCUGGUGUUGGACAAGAAUGUUGAGUCUGACCUGAAGUCCGCUGCUCUUCUCUUCAUGUUGAACCACGUUACUACAGGCCUCACGCCACUGGGUCCAUUUCACUUGUCUGUCCUUUAGAUUCUAUCCUCCGUUCACUUCAACAACCUCAGUCUGCAAUUAAACUGAAGUGGAAAAGAAAUCAGACGUUAAAGUCCUGAAGGGACUGAGCAGUACACAUCUGUUUACAUCCUGAUUAUUGUACGUCACCACUCAGCUGCCCUCUCAUACUGUAGCUUCUCCUGAGCAAAGACAACCGGAUCAAUGUGUGAUCUUCACUCAGUACAACAGACCAUCCAUGUGCUCAUGUGCACACUCUCCAUAUUGUGAUCAAGUGCUUGUAUGCAUCGACUCGACGGCUUUUCCGAAAAAUUAUGUAUGAUAUUUAUAUAACAAAGUGGAUGUAAAUAGUAAAUAAAAUGUAACUAAUGAUACUGUAAGUAUUGUGACGGAUA